UAUUUACACCUUCAUGAUUAUCCAAAUGUACAUAACAAUAUAAUCGGUUGCAUCUCUUACAAUUCACAUUAGAUUAGUAGUGUGUACCAAUAAUAUAAUCAUUUGUGUACAUAUAAUUAAUCGUAUGACUUGAAAGGGUCAAAAACUUGAAACAUUAACUAGCCAGUAAACGUAUUCAUACUCUUGCUGUCUAUGUUGUAAUUUUAGAAACAGUCGCCUACGUCUAAUUUAGUUUUUUGCGCCUAUGUUCAACUUUAUAUAAUAAAAGGUUUAAGUGAUUAUUUCAAUUUUUGGCUGCAGUUUGAUUUCAUUUGUAUUUUACAAGUUUUAUAAAUGUAUUUUUAUUUUUAUCUACAGCAUUUACAAUUAUGUUUUCAUAGCUCACAACUAAAGAAAAAGUAAACUAAACUUUCAUACACAAUUAGGUUAGAUAGUAAAAACGUUAUGUCAACGAACUGGGAUAUGGUACCAAGUGUGUUAAAUGGAAAGGUUAUUCUCAACUCUAAAGUGAAAAGCGUUGUACGUAGUAAGUAAGGCACUAUCGUGAACUAGGGAAGGUGCCUUUCUGAGAUACACGUUUAUGAAACGUCAAAACAGAAUCGUAGAAGAAUGCAUUGUGAGUGACCAGAGAGUUUUUUUUUUUUUUUUUGAAUAAAAUGUUAAAUUUGAUUCAAAAGAAAAAACACAUUGUUACAGCAGUUGCUACUUUGUUUUUUACUUUUUCAAAACCGAUGAAAAAAGAAAAAAGAACAGCUUAAGUUCUACAUAUGCAAUCCAGACUUGCAAGGCUUUCUCCAGUCUCUUGUCUUGAGUCCUUAGAGACAUAACUCUGUUCUUGAUCAUCUUGUCAAUUGUUCUGAAGAGGUUCUCCAGAGGCCGAGGAUUCUCCCCAUGAUUUCUUGAAUUUCUCUCUCGCCAAAUCACGUACACUGCCGACUGGAAAACGUAACGAGCUAGGAAACUCUCAACCCGCGAAAGCUUUAGCUGAGACAUAAAAGCCAGAAUGGCACUCCACUCCUCCGUAUAGCUAUUCCCCAUGAUCCCACUCAUCAACUUAUGCCAUAAGAGUGAAGUGUGACUAGAGAGUUAAGAUUGGUUUCAAGUAGCAAGUUAGAAGUUGAGGCUGCCCAAUGGAAAGUUACAAACUUUGAAAGGUUCUUGUUCAUUGAUUAGUACUAGCAACUCCAACUAUAAGCGUUUACUUAUCAGCAUCUUAUUGCCUAUCAUAAUUCAAUCAAUAGUUACCAUCACUUUGAGUUAAUUAGAAUCUCAAUGAAGAUGAUGAUGAAAAUUUGAUUUUUAGAAGAUAUGCAGUUUUAUUUGACCCGAAAGAAGAAGAAGAUAUGCAGUUCUAUCUCAUGAGAUGAGGUAUUCAAGUAGUUAGCAAGACUUCAAGACCAUCAGCCAAUAAGAAGGUCCAGAGUCACAUAUACAUCAUUUUUUUGAUUUUUGCCUGGAGUACACAAGACCGACAAAAAUAAAGUUUGGCUUACUUAAAUAUUUUAGAAGGUUUGUUAUUAUUAUUAUUAUUUUUCGUAACAUGAAGGUUUGUUAUUUAUUUAUUACCAGUCAUAUUCAAAUCUAUAUAUCAUAUGUUAUUAAAAAUGUAUUAGGGAAUGAGAGUACUUAAUUAUUUCUACAAAGCACCAUUAAAAAGAUGGACUGUAAUGUUAUUUCCUUAUUUAUAUGGUAGUGAUUUAUUCUCUAAAUAUUGAAUGGUAGAAACACAAAAGAGGAACGUAGUUUGCCAUUCUAAUCGGGUAUGGGAACAUGAGAGCCAUUAGUCCUUUUUUUUGUGCUAUUCUCUCGUGGCCUUCAAUGGAUCCACCAAUUUCUCUUAAAUCAAAUUUAGAAUUCUUAAAAAAAAAAAAAAAAAUUUAGAAUUCUUUAGCAUCUAUAUAAAUCCAGUUCUCUCAGAAAAUAAAAUCAUCAGAAAAACAAAAAAAAACAUAGAAAUUUUCAAAAAAUUUAAAAAGAAAUAAAUCACUCUAACUCUCUUCUUUUCCAUCUAACAAGAAAAUGGCAAAAUUUCCAUUAGGAAUAUGUCUAAUGUUUAUGAUAACAACAAGUACCAUAUAUGAAGUGCAAGGACAUUUCUUAUUAGACCAUUACAUGAAGAAAAUUCCUAAAAUAUCCAGCGAGUUCGAACCUUUCGCUUUCAAGGGUAUACUUAGUUUUAUAGACCACCUUGAGGGUUUAUGUCCCCUGAAGGUGGAGUACAAGGAGUUCUUCACAAAGCUGAAGGAUUUCAUGGCCUUCAUAAACUCAGCAUCAGGGUCGUCCGCAGAGUUCCAUACUCAGUUGAAAACAAAAUCUGAGGAGCUCUUCAAGGCUAUCACAAAAAUGGGUGGCACAGCAGGAGCAUCGGCGCAUACAACCAAAUUGAUAGAAAGUUUGGUGUCGAUGGGGAAAACUUUGGCUGAGUACAAGAGGAGUGGUUCACAAACACUGACAAGUGAACAAAGGACAGAGCUGGUCACAUCUAUGUCGAGAUGGGCACAAACGAUCGGUCAGUUUGUGAAAAGCGUAACUGAGACGAAUGGUGGCGGUAAUAUAGAUCUCAAAUCCCUUGGCUGUGGAGGUGCAACCGGCAUCUCUACCUCCAUGGAAACUGGAAGCACGGCCACUGGUUCUACCUCCAUGGAAACUGGAAGCACUGGUGGCAGUGGAAGUCCAAGUGGGGACACCGGUUCCCCUUCAGCUGAAACUGGUAGUCCGGCUGGUAGUGAAAGUGGUUCUCCCUCUAAUGAAACUCCUGUUGAAGGUGGAAGCGGUAGCCCAAGUGGAAGCCCAAGUGACAGCUCAUCAGGAGCAGGCUCCACGGGUGGUAGUGAAAGCUCCGCUGAGGCCGAAAGUACAGCUGGUGCCGGUAGUGGAGCGGGUGCUGGUGAAACUCCUGGUGCUGCUGGACCGAGUGGAAGCCCAACUGAUAGCCCGACUGAAUCAGAAGAAAGUUCCAAGGAUGAAAGCUCCAAGGAUGAAAGCUCCAAAGAUGAAAGCUCUAAGGAUGAAAGUUCCAAGGAUGAAAGCUCUAAAGAUGAAAGCUCCAAGGAUGAAAGCUCUAAGGAUGACAGCUCCAAGGAUGAAAGCUCCAAAGAUGAAAACUCCAAAGAUGAAAGCUCCAAAGAUGAAAGCUCUAAGGAUGAAAGCUCCAAAGAUGAAAGCUCUAAGGAUGAAAGCUCCAAAGAUGAAAGCUCUAAGGAUGAAAGCUCAAAAGAUGAGAGCUCAAAAGAUGAAAGCUCCAAGGAUGAAAGCUCAAAAGAUGAAAGCUCCAAGGAUGAAAGCUCCAAGGAUGAGAGCUCAAAAGAUGAAAGCUCUAAGGAUGAAAGCUCCAAAGGUGAAAGCUCAGCUGAAUCAGGAGAAAGUUCCAAGGAAGCUAGUGGUGGAAGCUCUACUGAGACCCAAAGUGAAACUGGUGCCGAAAGUGGAAGCACUGCCGGUGGUCCUAGUGGUGAACCCUCUGGCGAUGCUGGUGCCGGUGCUCCAAGCGGAAGUACAUCUGAUAUGUCGGCAGGAGGAGCAAGUGCUUCAGGCGGUGCGAGUGAAACUUCAACUCAAACCUCUGCCGAAGGAGAAAGCUCAAUGAAUAGUGGAGGUUCCUACGCGGACACUACAGGUGGUAGCGCGGAAGGUUCCGCCAGUAGCCCUUCUGGUUCAGCGUCGGGUAGUAGUGAGACCUCCUCCAUCACCGGAAGUGAAAAUUCAUCUUACCAAGCUGGAGGAUCAUCUGCCGGAGGCCCGAGUGGAAGUACAACGGAACAAAGUUCGGAGGCUGGAGCUGCGGGUUCAACCGAAGGUGGUAGUGGAGCCUCAGUAAAUCAAUCUGUCAAAGGAAAAGUGGGGGCAACGAGCUAUGAAGGUUCUUCUAGCUACAAAAAGUCACACUCACAAACCUCAGAGUCAGGCCAGAGCAGCUUCAAAACAGAGAAAAAAGCCGGCUCGUCUUAAAUUAAACUCGUCGGUUCUCGGACCAUAUAGGUCGGAAACACAUAUUAAUACUAUAAUUACAAUAAAGCAAUGGCCCUGCUAACAAUUACAGCAGCGAGCUGUAGAAUGUUUUUUGCUAAAUACUAGAGAAUUACUGACAUGCGUUAGCCUUACUGCAUGCAUAAUUUUGGUUUUUUUUUUCUCUCUUUAAUUUCCGUUGUAAAAUAUGAAUAUAAAAGAAUUGUGAGUAUGUAUACAUGACACAUUAAAUAGUGAGAAAGUAAUAAUAAUAAUAAUAAUUUAUAUG